AACUGUUUUUGCAGGAUUUACAUGGCUUGGUCUGAUGUGUCUUCUGUUAUCCUAAGGAUUGGUGAGCUUCUAACUCAAGAGGCAACAUCCCUAUGGGGAGUGGAGGAGCAAGUUGAUCGUUUGCAAACGGAGCUUAAAUGGAUGCAAAGCUUUUUAAUAGAUGCAGAUGCUAGACGAGGUGAGAGUGAAAGCGUGCGUCUUUGGGUCUCUGAAAUAAGAGAUCUUGCAUAUGAUGCUGAGGAUGUCGUCGAGACUUUUGCUCUGAGGAUCGGGUCCAAGAGGAAAGGAGGUUUUUCAAAUGCCGUCAAAAGAUCUGUUUGCAUCUUGAAUGAAGAAUGGAUGCUCCACAGGAUCAGGUCUGAGAUAGAAGAAAUCAUAACCAAAAUCACUGACUUGACGCGACGCCUACAGACGUAUGGGAUAAAGGAAUUAAGGGAUGGAGAAGGGUCAAGUUCUUCCUAUGAAAAACUAGAGUCGAGGCGAUCUUUUCCUCAUGAUGUUGAAGAUAAUAUUGUUGGAUUCAAUGAUAAAAUUAAGGAAUUGGUCUCGGUCAUUAUUGAUGAGGCCGGAAGGAAUUACCAAGUUGUUUGCAUAUGUGGAAUGGGUGGUCUGGGGAAGACUACUCUUGCUAAAAAGGUCUACCAUCACAGCCUGGUUAGAGGUCAUUUUAAUCACUUGGUUUGGGUAUAUGUCUCUCAGCAUUGCCAAAGGAGAAAAGUCUGGGAAGACAUUCUCUGUGGUCUUAAGAUUAUGGACAAGGACCAGGUCAAGAGGAAGAGAGAGGAAGAUUUAGCAGAGAUGUUGUUUAACUUCUUGAAGGAUAACAAAUGUUUGGUGGUACUCGACGACCUUUGGAGCAUUCAGGAUUGGGAUAGUAUAAAACCUGCGUUCCCAAAGAGUGAGACAAGCAGCAAGUUUUUGCUCACUUCUCGCAACAAAGAGGUGGCUUCACAUGUAAAUAGAACAAGUUACCUGCAUGAAUUGGACUGUUUAAAUGAAGAAAACAGUUGGAAAUUGUUUCAGAAAAUCGCAUUUCCUAACAGAGAUUCUUCAGGAAAUGAAGUUGAUGCAAAAAUGGAAGAGUUUGGAAAGAAUAUAGUUAGACAUUGUGGAGGGAUGCCUUUAGCCAUCGUUGUGUUGGGAGGAAUUUUGGCUACAAAGAAUUCAUUAAAUGAAUGGCAACUGGUGUCUAAAAAUGUCAAGUCAUACCUGAAGAGAGGCAAAGGCCAAGGGGUUGAGGAUGUACUAGAAUUAAGCUAUGACGAUUUGCCACCCUAUUUAAGAUCAUGUUUCCUUUAUUUAAGUCAUUUUCCAGAAGAUUGCGAGAUAUCUGCAGAAAGGUUGAUUCAAUUGUGGAUUGCAGAAGGUAUUGUUUUAUCAAAUCAAAAUAAAGGAAAUGGAGAGGAAAUUGUAGAAGAUGUGGCAGAAAAUUACUUAAUUGAGCUAGCAGAAAGGUGCAUGAUUCAAGUUGGAGAAAGAGAUGCAUUAUUGAAGAUCAAAACAUUGCACAUGCAUGAUCUCAUGAGGGAUCUCUGCUUGUUAAAGGCAAAACAAGAAAACUUUCUUUGCAUCAUUGAUCACUCAAGUGGAAAUCAAUUUCGAAAAGAUAUUUCCUCAUCCACAAUUCGUGGAGUCCGUAGAGUUGCUGCACAUGUAUUUCCUCAAGUUCAAUGCAUUAAAAAUCCCCAUCUUAGAUCAUUUUUGUUCUUCUUUGAAGUUUGGAACAAUCAAACUGAAGCGCUUACAGACCCAAAGAUGAUAAAGAGGGUAAAUUACAUUCUAGAACAUAGUGAGAAUCUAGACCCACUUUCCCGUAUCUUCAUACUUUGGACAAAAUAUAUAUUGUGGAGAUUUUGGACAUACAUGUUCAACAAUUUCAAAUUUCUCAGAGUCCUAUAUUUUGAAGGAAGAGUUUAUGACGCGGGAAUCAAGUUACCCUGUGAUAUAGGUAAUCUAAUCCACUUGAGAUUCUUGUGUUUAAAGGAUUUAAGUUUCUUUAUGCCAAAGUUGCCAGCAUCUCUAGGCAGCUUAAGGUGCUUGCAAACCUUGGAUCUAAGAGUUCAAAGAAUUGUAUAUCUAAAUGGAGACGUUGGUGGACCUAUUCAUGUACCUAAUGUAAUAUGGAGGAUGAAACAAUUAAGACAUCUUUAUCUCCCACAGCAUUGUGACCCUAAGACCAAGUUGAAGUUGUGCACUUUGAGAAACCUUUUAACGCUUGUGAACUUCAACACGAGGAAUUGUUAUGUUGGAGAUCUUCAGAACAUGAUGAAUCUUAGGGACUUGCAGAUAUUUGGGUCAUUCCAUAUUGAAGAUUUUGAGGAUUUGGGUAAGAAUCCUGCUAUACUUGGGAACAAUAAUAUUCUUCGGUCUUUAACCUUAACUAUUGAGAGUAUUGAAAUACCAGACCCAAGACAUUUGACACACCUCAUUUUCGGAUGUGCUAAUAUUUAUGAGUUGAGGUUAGUUCUAAAGAUAGGGAAGUUGCCAGAGUACCAUCACUUCUCUUCAAAUAUUGCUUCUAUAUACUUGCGUAUCUGCAACCUUGUUGAAGAUCCAAUGCCAACAUUAGGAAGGCUACCUAACUUAAGGAUUCUUAAAGUCCGUGAGGAUGCCUUCACUGGAAAGGAAAUGGCUUGCUCUGCACAAAGUUUUGUGAAGCUUGAUUUCCUAAGCAUAUAUCGGCUUCACAAUUUGGAGGAGUGGAAGGUGGAUGAAGGAGCCAUGCCUGCUCUACGCCAUUUGGAGAUCUUUGAAUGCAAGAACCUGAAGAUGCUUCCGAAUGGAUUGAGGUUCAUUACAAACCUCCGAAAAUUGGAGAUUGGAUGGGUGCCAAAGGCAUUCAAAGAUAAACUGGUGGAAGGAGGAGAAGAUUUCUACAAAGUCCAACAUAUUCCUUCUAUCGAAUUUCACCGUUGUGGGGUGUUGUGGCCAUUGAUUCAUUCGGAUAUUGCAACAUCAAGGUGAAGAAGCCACUGCCAUUUGUUUCUGCUCUUCACAAGGGGACCAAGUGUAGUUCUUCCAACUGUGGAAUUGUCUCUAAUUUACUGUCUGAUGCUGUAAAAGUUGGAGACGGAAAGUCGUUUUGUUGACUUGAGAUUGGUGUGUUGUUGUCUUCGUAGUUGAGACUUGAGACCUCUUAUGGAUUUGUUUUUAUGUUAUAAUUAAAGACCUGAAGUGACUCAUA